AUGGAUAUUGAUCUGGCACUUCGUGAGGACAUGCCACCUGUCCCCACAGAGGAAACUACGCCAGAGGAGAAAAAGUUGUAUGAGAGGUGGGAACGGUCAAACCGCUUAAGUCUUUUACUCAUACAAAAUCAUAUCUCCAGAAAGAUAAGGGGUUCAAUUCUUGAUUGCAAAACUGCAAAAGAAUUCUUAACAGCAGUAGAAGAGCAAUUUGUGAGUUCAAAGAAAGCCCUAGCCAGCACCUUAAUAUCAAGGUUUGCUUCCUUGAAGUAUAAUGAUAAUGGUGGCAUACGCGAACACAUUAUGGAAUUACGUGACAUCGCUGCCCAAUUAAAAUCAUUGGAAGUAGACAUGUCAGAGACUUUUCUUGUACACUUUGUUCUUAAUUCUCUGCCUAUGGAAUAUGCACCAUUUAAGAUCUCAUACAACACACAUACAGAAAAAUGGACUAUGAAUCAACUUCUAGCCAUGUGUGUUGAUGAAGAGCAGAGAAUAAAACAAGAGAGGCAAGAGAGUGUUUAUCUCACCUCUCAUAAGGGAAAAGGACAUAAAGAGGUCGGCGGUACCAGUCAUCAUAUUCCUGUUAAGAAGAAGAAAAUGAAAGUGUCAGCCAAAGUGACUGAUAAAAGGCAAAUAAGUGCUUCUUCUGUAGGAAACAGGGACAUUUGA